CAGACUCAGACCAGCAGCUCAGCUCUCAACUGUCGUCGAUGGCGAAAUGCAGCAAGAUCCACAACAUCGUCUUGCUCCGGCAGACCCUGCGCCGGUGGCGGUCCCGUGCCGCGGCGCGCGCCGCUGCGGAUGACCGCGCGGUGUCGGUGCCAGCGGGGCACGUGGCGGUGUGCGUGGGCAGCGCGUCGCGGCGGUUCGUGGUGCGCACGGCGCACCUGAACCACCCCGUGUUCCGGGAGCUACUCCGGCAGGCGGAGGAAGAGUACGGGUUCCCAUCCGGCGCUUGCGGCCCCAUCGCGCUCCCCUGCGACGAGGACCGCUUCCGGGCCGUCCUCCGCCGCGUGUCCUCCGAGGAGCGCCUCGGCGUGGCGGCCGUCAUCAGCCGCGACGUGGCGACACGGCCGUUGCUGCAGAGGGUGUCGGCAGAGGAGGUCGUGUGGUGACCGAUCGAUGGAAGCAACACGCACAUAGGCCAUUCGGCAUACGUGCUCUGUUCGCAGGCAAGCUAGCCCUGGCGAUUUAACUCCGGCGGCGGCGACGGCGGCGGCGGCAGCGGUGGCAGCAGCAACUGGUAUUCCGAACGCGGAAAUGGCGAAAGCGUGCCGCGGCCGGGAAGACUCCGCCCGCUCAACCGCGCGCACGGCAAGCGCCCGAGGCUCGAAUAUCUUAUUGAAGGACGUGGCCCGGUGCCCGGUGUAGCGGCCAGCGGGGACGGUGCCGCGCGUGAGCAACCGAGGCUCUGUAAGACUUGAAAAGUUGACUGUAGUUAGAAGAAAUUUGUAGUGAUUAUUUCAAGAUGAAGAUGACGAUUUUUGUGAUUGUCGUAAUUAAUCGUAGCAUUCCUUGCCGUUAAUGAUAAAAAAUU